AUUCUGUACUUAAAGGCCAUAGGCAGACAGAUGUUGACAAGGAAGGCCCUUCUAAAACCAUGUUCCGAUAGAUUUCUGCUAACUGCACAUAUAAAUAGGAGCAGAGGGCCGGUCACCUCUGCAACCACCGGCAGCAGCAGAAGAAGCCGCAGCUUCAGACGCAGCCAGAGGGACUUCUGAGCAGAGAAGGCGCUGCCGACUCGCGCAGCUGCCUGACCGGGCGGCUCCCACAGACGCCGGCUGUGUUGAGGCCCUCUCUCCUUUCUCGUCUUCUAAGACUUUCCCUCUUUCCUUAUCACGUCUUUCUCUUGGUGGACUUAAGGCCACUUUGUCCCCCACCCCCAGUUAGUUCGUCGCCUCCUCUUUCUUCCUUCUACAUCUCUCUUCUCGCCCCCUUCUCUCGGUGUCACGCUCCCUCCUAGUUCUGAGCGUCUACAAACUUUUGAACAGAAUACUGGCCUCAGCAAACAAGUCCUUCAGCUCCUCCUGCUGAUCCUGCUCGUUCCUGCGGCUUCUGCUCAGACACCACCGCCAGACGGUGAUGCCUCUUGGGUUGUGACUCCAGCGCAGAAACUUGGAGAAGCCCUUUGCCCGCCGUCCUACUUGGCAGCAAACCCUCUCCUGGCAGCGAAUGACCAUGUGUAGCGGAGCGAGGCUGGCCCUGCUAGUCUACGGGAUAAUAAUGCACAGCAGCGUCUACUGCUCACCUGCCGCCGCCGGACUCCGGUUUCCUGGGAUCAGGCCAGAGGACGAGGCGUACGACGAGGACGGAAACCCGCUGCAGGACUUCUACGACUCGGACCCGCCCGGAGUGGGAAGCCCCGCCUCCGCGCUUCGCGACGCCUACGCGCUCUACUACCCUGUGGAGGAAAGAGAUGUCGCCCACGAGAUCCUUAACAAGGCCUACCGCAAAGUGCUGGACCAGCUGUCCGCCAGGAAAUACCUGCAGACGCUUAUGGCCAGGAGCGUGGGUGGGAACCUAGGCGGCGGCGCGGACGACGACUCGGAGCCGCUCUCCAAGCGCCACUCGGACGGAAUCUUCACGGACAGCUACAGCCGCUACCGGAAACAAAUGGCUGUUAAGAAAUACUUGGCGGCCGUCCUAGGGAAAAGGUAUAAACAAAGGGUUAAAAACAAAGGACGGCGGAUAGCGUAUUUGUAGCGAUGAGUUACCAGCUACCCUGUGUAUACAGCCCUGACACAAUGAAAAGUCAUUUUCCCAACUGACUGAACAGUCAUCGCUCUUGUGUUCUGUCCAAACAUGUAUUUAUGUAUGAAGUAAAGCCAUUAAAUGAAUAUUUUGAUAAUAAUAUUGUUUUUCUUUUUACAAAGCACUAGAGAAUGCACAGAUAUACUUUGUGGACCAAUUAUUGAUAUUGAUAUAUAUAUUACAAAUAUAUAUUAAGAAUAUAUAUAUAUAAAAGUAUAAUAGAGAGCAGUUCAAAGUGUGCACAAGGAUUGAAAAUUCGCCUGAGCUGUUUGUUUUUAUAUAAAAUAAAUAGAAAAAUAGACAAUCAUUGUUUUGAAUAUUACUCCUAUUUUUGUAAACUGGAACUAAAAGGAUAGUAUUUUUAUUCGUGACAGGCCUGAAGAUAUUAAUAUUGACCAUUUGCUACUGUACAUAAACAGUGAUGCCCUGCUCCAGGGAGAUUUGAGGUAAUGAUUUGGGAGAAUUUCUGAAUGGCACUCUUUCCCAGUGAGUCUCUGGGGCAGGCUUCUUCAAUCCCAGCUGAACUCAACAAGGCACUGUCCCCUCGCUGGGUGGCAAUUCCAAUACUUCUGCUUUUUUUUAUUCUAUUUUUAUGUGUAUUUGUUUCUCUUCAGACUCUCAGCCCAGAAGGAAAUUCUCCUGAUAAAACAACAGCUGGAUCCAAAUUGUGCUUCUCCCCAGAAUUCAUACCACUUCCUGGGGGAGGAGUUGGAGGGCUGUACAGAGAAGGGAGACUUGAAUAGGAAGCUCCCUUUUCUGUGAUUCCAGGGACCCCAUAUCCCAAGAUUAGGGCAAUUGGAACAAAGUGAAGGAAAUGUAGGAAUCUUGGAAAAGGCAGAGCAUAAGGCAGUAGGAGGAGGACCCUGGAGAGGGACUGGGUGGGGACUGCCCCAGGCCUGGAAGCCGGGCAUAAGCUGAGUCCCACCACAGGUCCCCCGCUUGCCUGACUUUGGGCGCUGGGUGUUGGAAGUGGAUGCAAAGUACGAUGUGUUUUUCUCCAGUGCUGUCCAUGCUUCUCAUCUUGUGAACUCCCUGGGGAAAUGGCCAGGAUCCUCCCCUUUGAACCCUGUUCUGUAGGAGCCAUCAUUUUCUUUUGUGGUUUUCUGAAAACUUCUCUUUCCUCUUGCACCUUGUUUUUUUAAAAGUAAUGUUUACCAUUUUUCAUUCACUUUUCUUGAACUUGUGAAUGCUUCUUACUUUUUUUGUCGUUUGAUGCUAGCACUUAUUGUAAAGUGUAGGAACCCUUGUGUAGUUACCACUAAGUAAUUAUGCACUAAAUAUGAAUCUUUUGUUUCUUGUUGAUUGAGUUUGUAGGUAAAAUGUAUUUUUCUACAUUAUGGCUUAUUGCUUAGUAAAAUUUAUUUCAUAAAACCAACCUUUGUCAUAUUAGAAUGUGUAGUGUUCACAUGCUGCUCAGUUGUACUAACUGAUAAAUCAUUUAAACC